AUGGUUCUAAGGAAGGUCCCAGAAGCCAAAGUGCAAAGCGAGGUGAUUAGAAAAGAUCAGGAAAAGCCAGGAGAGUGGAUUGUCCGGCAUGAUAGGACCAUGGAGCAGAUUGUCUUUCCUGUCCCCAACAUCUGUGAAUACCUUACGCGGGAGUCCAAGUCCCGUGUGUUCACUAUGACCGAAAGGGAUGAGCAAGGAAGCAAAGUGAACGACUUUUUCCAGCAAACAGAAGACCUCUACAAUGAAAUGAAGUGGCAGAAGAAAAUCAGGAAUAACCAUGCCCUGUUCUGGUUCUCAAGACACAUAUCCCUCUGGGGGAGCAUCUCAUUCAACUUGGCCGUGUUCAUCAAUUUAGCUGUUGCUCUCUUCUACCCAUUUGGGGACGAUGGAGAUGAAG